CAGCAUCCUCCGCCGCGGCUGGACGAAGAGACCCUCCCUCCGCGAAGGAAGCAGUUUGUGACUGGAAUUGGAAUGGAUACAUGCUGAUAGCAUGAUGGAAGAGACAGAAAAUUUUUCAUCUCUCAAUUCACUGACUAAAUACUAUCCUGUUAAGGAGGCUGACAAAACUGAUCAAAGUGGCAAAGCUCAAAGGAGUGAAGGAAACCAAGGAACAAUGCAGCUGAAAAAAGAAAUCUCUCUUCUUAAUGGGAUCAGCUUAAUAGUAGGAAACAUGAUUGGUUCAGGUAUCUUUGUUUCCCCCAAAGGAGUACUUAACCACAGUACAUCAUAUGGAUUGUCGCUAGUAAUUUGGGCAAUUGGGGGCAUUUUUUCAGUCAUUGGUGCUCUCUGCUAUGCUGAACUUGGAACCACUAUCACUAAGUCAGGAGCCAGUUAUGCAUAUAUCUUGGAGGCCUUUGGAAGCUUCAUUGCCUUUAUACGCCUGUGGACCUCACUGCUGAUCAUUGAGCCAACCAGCCAGGCAAUUAUUGCAAUAACUUUUGCCAACUACAUAGUGCAACCAGUCUUCCCUUCUUGUCAACCUCCUUAUGUUGCUUGUCGACUUAUUGCAGCUGCCUGUAUAUGUCUCCUAACGUUUAUAAAUUGUGCCUAUGUUAAGUGGGGAACCAGGGUGCAGGAUGCAUUCACCUAUGCCAAAGUCACUGCCCUUAUUGUCAUCAUCAUAACAGGAGUUGUUAAACUAUGCCAGGGAUACUCUCAACACUUUCAGGACUCUUUUGAGGGAUCAUCUUGGAACCUUGGGGGCAUUUCUCUUGCACUUUACUCUGCCUUGUUCUCAUACUCAGGUUGGGACACCCUUAAUUUUGUAACUGAAGAAAUAAAAAAUCCAGAAAGGAACCUGCCACUGGCGAUUGCAGUUUCUAUGCCAAUUGUGACAAUUAUCUACAUUAUGACCAAUGUAGCUUACUACACAGUGUUGGAUAUUAAUGCUAUACUUUCUAGUGAUGCGGUGGCAGUGACAUUUGCUGAGCAAGUUUUUGGAGUAUUCAGCUGGUUCAUUCCAAUUGCUGUUGCCUUCUCUUGUUUUGGUGGACUCAAUGCUUCUAUUCUAGCAUCAUCUAGGCUGUUCUUUGUUGGCUCCAGGGAGGGUCACCUUCCUGACCUCUUGUCAAUGAUCCAUAUAGGGAGGUUUACACCAGUACCCGCACUUCUCUUCAAUUGUUCUAUGAGCCUGAUAUACUUGAUUGUAGAAGAUGUCUUCCAGCUUAUUAACUACUUCAGCUUCAGCUAUUGGUUUUUCAUGGGACUAUCAAUUGCUGGGCAGCUCUACCUCCGUUGGAAAGAACCAGAUCGGUACAGGCCACUGAAGUUGAGCCUGUUUUUCCCAAUAUCCUUCUGCAUAUGCUCAAUAUUUCUGGUGGUUGUGCCACUCUAUAGUGACACUAUUAAUUCCCUGAUUGGUAUUGGCAUUGCGCUCUCUGGGAUUCCAGUGUACUUCAUGGGAGUCUAUUUGCCUGUUUCCAAAAGACCUCCUUUUGUCAACAAAAUUUUAGGUGCUGUCACUCGAGCCACCCAGUUGCUUUGUUACUGCGUUCUGACAGAAAUGGAUACAAGUCUCGAUAGAGAUGCAAGUGACUGAAACACUAAACUAGCCGUGGAAGAGCCCAUGGGUCUGCAGCGUGGGCACACAGGAAGGAAGACUGUAAUCAAGACUCCUUUUCCUCCCCCGAAGAGGGGUUCUUGCCCAGAUCAUACUGUGUCAUGAUCUAGGGUUGAGUUUUGUAGUGUGGGGAGGGUUUUUUGGGUUUUUUUUUUUGUAAACUGUGUUUGAAAGGCCAGCCUUCUCAGGCAUAGAACUCAUCCUGAAAAAUAAGGAAUGUUUCUUUGAAAGCAAACUGAGCAUUCAUAAUCAAAGUUCAGAAAUUUGAUUGACUUGAAUUUUGAGCAGCAUGGCAGCAACUUUUUAUUUAUUUAUAUAUGUAUAUAUAUUUAUCAGUUCCAAGCCAGUUUAAAAGGCACCAACAAAUCCUUCCAACCUGCGUGAGGUCAAUUUUGGCUUCAGACCUCUUUGGACUGAUAGUCUGUGGCAAAGUGUUCCAUCCCAGGUUGAAUUGGGCGUAGAAUUUUAUCACUGUUAGGAACUCUUGUCUACCAGCAGAAUGCACGUAGAUGGCUUAGUGUAUGUUUGGACUGUGGAAUUCUUGUUCUGAUGGCACUGUUCAACACUUGCACAUAAAAACAAUGUCUUUUUAUUAGACAAGUACAAUCAAAGCUAAACAAUUUUAUGCUGAAGAACAAUCUGGCAGGUCUUGUUUGUGUGGUUCAAUUGGAACCUGUAAAGUAGCGUAUUCAAAUAAUAGGGCUUUAAAUACUUCAAAAAGCUGAGGAUACCAGAGCAGGGAUUGGUUCUCAGUUUGCAUUCUUUUUUCAGCACUGUUUAUUAUAUAGUUACUAAUGAAUGCUUAUCAGAGACCUUUCCUAUAUUUAAAGACUUUUUUUAUACAGCAGAACUGUUUGGCAAUACUAAGACUGGAAUUCGCUGGUUUGGUAUGUGGGUCUGUGAGAAAGGGGGUGGAAACAUAUCCUUUAAGUACCUAUAUACUGUGCAAACUCUUAUAUGCCGAGUUUAUGAAGAUGUUUUUCAUGCACUUAGCUUCCCCAAGAUGUUAAUGUGAAAAAAUGAGAAAUGGCUACACUCCCCAAGGACCGGGGGGGGGGGGGGCAGGAUUUUGAACUUUAAAACCAACCAAAAACUGGACUCUUCCGUUAGAACUUAUGGUUGAAUAUUUUUGUCCCUCUUUUCCUUAACAUUCCCCCAGAACUUUAUACUCAUAACCCAUUUGCUCCUGUGCACUUAUUUUCUGCUGCAGUGUGCCCUCCUAACCUACAAGGGAAGCAUUAGACAGGAAACUGACAGUAACAGUGCAUUGCAAUGAAGGCAGUGCAUCUCUGUGUUCCCCACACCAAGACUCCCUGGCACAGCUGAGUUGCCCGUGGCAGCAGCAACUAGAAGAGUCCUGAGUGAGGUUUUGCCUUCUCUCCUUCUGUUCAUGAUGGCGAGGCUCUCUGCCUUUUGAGAUACAGGUGCCACUGCAGCAUCGACACCAGAGACCCUCCAGGGAGUGCUGUUAUUACCACCAAGCCAGGCUUAACAAAUCACAUCCUACUUGUUCUGUACAGGGUGUGAAAGGAGCACCCUCCUUUUGGAAGCACAGCCCGGCUUGUUGGUUGCAGUCAGCCAUGAAGGGAUAAGCCAGGCUGUGGAGGUGGACAAGAAGGCAGAACCUGAGCAGUCUGGGUCUUGGUGGCAGCUCAUCCUCUGGGGGUGGGGAAAUGUUUAUUUCUCCCUCCCCCGCAUGUGCAGAUUGCCAGCUGCUCCAUAGAGUGAAAUAAUAAAAAAUAAACCUGAAUGCUGAGGUGAAGACCAAAGAUUUCUACCGGAAGAAUUGUCUAACAUCGUGGACUGCUUUUAUGUGGGCGGUAGAACCAACCAGGUGUAUGUCUUUUUUAAAUGAAUAUUCUUCCCAAAUUUGCCAUAGUUGAGGACAUACAAAUACUGCUGUGAAUCAGAGCCCCAUAAAAGGGUAAUUACUAUAGCUGGUGCUUGAAAGGGAAACUGUCCAAAUGUCCUACUUUUGAUUGUUGGAAGAACUCAAAAUUGCAUAAGCAAGGCUUGUGUUUGUGACAAAAAACAGCAUUGUCAUCACUAUUUUUUUGGUGCUUUGAUGAGCUGGAUUUAUAAUUUAAUCUGUCUAGACAUUAGUUACUAACUGUUAACAGUCGAAAAUGACUCUUCUUUUGACCCUGUCUCACAGAAAUGAUGUCUUAAAAGGAAUUGGGUCAGUCUUGGGUCUUGUUAGAUCUGAUAAAGGAGAUCUGUGAUUAAGGCUGCAAUUCUUAGUAAGCUUUCCUGGGAGUAAGCCCCACUGAAUAAGAUGGGACUUGACUUUGGAGUAGAUCUGCUUAUGAUUGCGAAGUGUUUUUUUUUAAGCUUCUGUGUGGGGCUGCUGGUUUGACCCUGUGUCUGUUGAGGGGGACAAUACAAAUAUGAUGGUAUUCUAUAUUUUCUUCCAUAGGAAUAAUGGUAGAUCUGAUGUGGGGAGAGGACUUUGAUAUUAAGGAUCAGACUCAGCUCCCUGCACAACCUUAUAAACAAUGUGCUGCACUUCACCCUAUCUUAACCUUUUAUUUAGGUUCUGAUGGAAUCCAGACUGUCCAUUUACAUUAGUACAGUGAAACAGUAGCCUGUUAGAGGUUAUAUAAUCCAUAAUGUCCCCCAAACACUUUGUUUAACCUUAGCAUGUAAAAGUGGCGCUCAUGUGUAUGAACUUUCCUCUAAAUCAUUAUUACACUCCAUUAUACUGUUACAAUGGAACGUUUAUAAAAAGUCUGCAUCGGAUAGUUUCAGAAUUGUCCAGUUGAUUGUAACAAGAGUGCUUUUGUACCACUGUGAUGUGUAAGGAACCUGGGGAGGGGUACGAAAAAUUAACUUCCACUAUGUGGGAAUAAAAUAAUAAGAAUCUGGUUUUCAUGUUCUUGUUGCUUGAAUGUGUGAAG